AUGGUAAAUUAAGCCUAAAUUCAGAGGAAUCCCCAAUUAAAGUAUAAAGUAUAUAUUUAUUUAUUUAACUCAUAUAAAUGAGAUAGGAGGAAUAUUUAUAAACUGGAAAGUCUUUUACCAUCUGGAUCAGAUGAAAUGAGAAUUAUGUAUCAUAUUUAGUUUAGGUUGCAUUUAAAAAAGUGGCAAAAAGGAUUAUAAUAAAUCUCAUUAUACGUUCAUCUAGAAAUGCUGCUCUUGGUUGUAUAGAAUGCUUAAAAAUAAUUAAAUAAGAAUAAUAAAUUUAUUAGACAACUAACAAAUUGCUUUAGGAUGAUAGAUAAUCAUGUGUUAUUAAGGAUUAAUAACUAUAAUCUAAAAUAAAACCAUAUGAAUUAUUUAGAUAACUUAUUAAAUUCAAUAAAUAUUUAAAUGAAAUACAUGAUUUUAAUAAUUUACCAAAUGUUAAAGUUAUAAAUUCUUAAUUAAAUAAAUAAGAUAUUAAACUUGAAGUAUUUAAAUAUGUUGAAGUUAAUGGUGACUAUAUAGAUAUAUAUAAUAAUAUUGAUUUAUUUGGAGGUUAUGCAACUAUAAGAUUUGAAAUUAAUUAAUGGUAAGUUUUAAAACAAACUAAACUUGAUUAUGUAUAUGUUGCACUUAAUGAGGUGCAUUCUAUUUAAAAAAUAUAGUCAAAAAUUAAAUUAAAAUUAUUGGAGUUAUGUUAUAUGGCUCAACUAAAAGAGAAUCAACAAUCUGUUUUAAAAUCAUAGAAGGAAUUAUUGGUGAAUUUUUUUUAGUUUCCACUGAAGAUUUUGAAAAAUCUAAAUGUGAAUUAGCAAAAGCGGAUGAAAUUGCAGAAUUCAUUUCAGCCAUAGUUUAUGCUGGCUGUAAAAAAUACUAAGUAUACAAAUAGUCUUUCAUUCUCUUAGGAAGCAAUGUUACUGUUAAUGAUUUAUCUAAACUUAUAUCUAAAUAUCAAUUAUGA